AUGCGUAAAAGCCAGGAUAUAGAUACUUAUUUCCAAAAGACGCCCGAAGUAGUAGAUGAUGCUUACUUUAAGAAAACAUCAGAAACUGAAGGUCCCGGUGAACGAAGAACUUCAGUCCGUCGUGUAAGUUUUGCUCCCGAACCAAGAGUAGCCGAAGCUUCAACUAGUGAUUCAGUUGCAACUGAACAAACUAAGUCCGUUAUUGUUGAGCAUGGAGUAACUAGUAGUGAAUCACUAGUUAGUGUUGCUCAUCCUUUAGAUGAUAUGAGUAUUCUCAGUGAAACUCUACCACUAUGUGAAGAACGAGAAGAGAACUUUAUUAUGGAUGAUUCUGAGGAGUCAGAAGAUCGACGGAUGAGUUUAUGUCCACCCGACCGACGAACAAUGGAGUAUGUCACGCGAGAUCAACUUAGCAGUAAUAGUAAUGGUAAUGGUAAAGUUGAGAUGAGUAAUGGUAAAGUUGAGAUGAGUAGUAGUAAUAGUAAUGUUAAAGUUGAGAUGAGUAGUAGUAAAGUUGAAGUGAGUAAUAAUGGUAAAGUUGAUGUUAGUGAAGAUGUAGUAAUGCAAGGUAGUGAGAUGGGUGGUAAUAGUGAGAUGGGGGGUUUGGGGGAAUUGGGGGGUUUGGAGGAAGAUAAUGAACUGGUGGCGGCUGAGACGGUUGAUGAGAUAGUUAGUGGUAUGCUUUCAGAGAUAGUUUGUGCGGGUGAGAGUCAUACGCUGGUCUAUGAUACAGUGAAUGUUGAAGAAGUCUUAAGUAAGUAUGAAAGUACUCGGGCUACAGCUAGUAAGCGAUUACGUGAUGUUUUAGCUGAGACUGGGAUUAGGUUUUUAGAUAACUUAAGUUUAACGGCUAGAAGAGAAACCUUAUCUAAGAUAAGGAAUAAGGUUUUGCCUGAGCAGAUAAUAUACUAUCGUGAGUUUAUGCAAGCGAGAAUUAAAGCUCAAAAUGACUUAGCGGCUGUUUUAGCUGCGGAGAUUGAACGAACGAGACAUGAUGCUGAAGUUUUGGAAAGAGAGAUUGAUUGUAGUUCUUUAAGUGCUUUAGAUAGUACUCAGUUGGCUUCAAGAUUAAGACAAACUAAAUCAGAUGCUAGAAGAGAAGGUAAAAGUCUUUGGCAUGCCCAACGUUUAGCAGCUGAAACUGUCUUUGCUAGUACUAUGGCCCAAACGGAACAACAACUAGCUCAGCACUUGGCUCAAUUGAGAUCAGAAGAGAUUCGAGUUAAAGAAGCAAUUGCUGCUGUGGAUUUAGGAGGACUAGCUGCGGAAGAAGCUCGAAUUCUAGCGGCUAUUUCCACUAGUGCAUCAACGGACGAGGCUUCUUUAGCAGCUGAAACUGCCCUGGAAAACGAACGACUGGCCCAGGAAAAGGUGCAAAUAGCUGGUCAAUUGGCUGAGCAAGAGGCCGAAUGGAGUGCAGCAGCUGACUUAGCGGCUCAAUCCCUUGCUACUGCUAAUGAAGCUGCUGCCCAAACGGCUGCGGCUGUGGCUGCUGCUGAAGUGGGUCGAAGUGAGCUACUUAGUGCUAAAGAAGCUGUGGCUAGAGCCGAGGCGGUUUUUGGCUUGAAUAUUCAAGAAAUCUCGCAUAGUCGGCUGGUUUUUACUAUCUCUGAUGUAGCAGUGACUCUAAUAUACGAUGGUUUGUUAGUUGUUGAUGUUUCGGCCGUAGCCACCGGUAGUCUUUUCAAGGAGUUUGCUGCUGCUAGUGUAGGCAGUGUUCCAGAAGCUAAAGACUUAAAUGAAGCCAUUCCUGGGAUUGCUCGGUAUCUAUUAGAAAUGGCAGCUGUAGAGAAGGAAAUAGCGGCGGCGGGUGUAUCUCUUCCCUAUGAGGCCAGGAUUGAAGAUGCUAUUCUUACAGUGCGUUUCCAAGUAGGCCGAGGCCGAUCUGGCUCUAUGGGGGCUGUAACGGCUAAAUUCCGAGCAGGCUCUGCCGUUCCCGACCUUAGCACUAAUAUUCGAGGUAUUGCUCUUAAAACACCCCGCUAUGGCCGCACGUCUCAAGCCGUCACCGCAGCUGUUCUAGCAGCCACCCGUAAAUAA